AUGAGUGAAGGUGAGUCAGUGAUGUGCCAUGGGAAAAAUGGCUUUAGUGCUCCACGCGUCGGUCAGGGACAGAAUUUGGACCGACAAUGUCAUAAUCGCCAGCACUUUCUGGCACAAAUGGUUGGGGUGCCUAAUCGCGGAGGAGGAUCGCCGCGGCAGGCCCAGAGGCGAUGGCUGGGCAGAGACAAGCAACAUCAAAAAGAUAUUAAUUCCCCAUUUGGAUAUGAAUCUGAUGACUCAAGCCUAUCUAGCAAUGCCUCAGGAUCAAAUGGAUCUAAUAAAUCAAGUGAAAAUGAUGGUAAACGCACUUCAAGCAGUUCUGGUUCAAAUACUGUGACUCGUGAAUGGCGUUCCAGGAACCGUCGUGAUCACCGGCCAAGAAGGUUAACAAUAGACAGAUUUAACUCUUCAUUCUAUCCGUUUGAAGUAAAGUUUGCUCCUGAUGACUUACUUAAUGGUUCCCAGUGGGAUACCUUAUCUCAGGAGAUAUGGGAUAAGUUUAUAAAGUCUCAGCAAACAGAGGCCACCUUCCACAAUAAGAUGCAAUUGUGGAGAUAUCUCUAUGGAACCGUUAGGACAAUAUUUCCCCGCUACGGUUUAUAUGUCGUCGGGUCUACGAUGACGGGCUUCGGUCUAGAGUCGUCAGACAUGGAUCUGUGUCUGUAUGUGCGUUCGAUGGGUCACGUGGAGCCGCGGGCACACGCACUUCUGCACCUGGAUUAUAUUCUCUCCUUCAUCCGGGCAUUUGAUCCGGACGCGGAACUGAUUCAAGCCAAGGUGCCCAUCCUGAAGUUCCGCGACGCCUACUCCGGGGUGCAAGUGGACCUCAAUUGCAACAACGUGGUGGGCAUUCGGAAUACCAACAUGCUCUACGCCUUCUCCAUCGGCGAUUGGCGCGUGCGCCCUCUGGUGGCGGUGGCCAAACUGUGGGCGCGGGCGCAUCGCAUCAACGACGCGAGAAGACGCACGUUGUCUUCGUACGCCCUCACCCUCAUGGUCAUCCACUUUUUGCAGUGCGGCACGAACCCGUGGAUUCUCCCUCGCGUGCCAGAAGUGUGUGAGAAGCCCUCGAGGUCCCAGAAUAGGCUCACUCUAGGGGAACUGUUCCUGCAAUUUCUCAAAUACUACGCAGAAUUCCCCUACGACCAGAUGGCGGUGUCGGUCCGCGCCGGAAGACGCAUCCCCGUCGCAGAGUGCCGCUACUCGCAUCUCGACCCUCACCAGUGGAAACACAUCUGUGUCGAAGAGCCCUUCGACCUGACGAACACGGCUCGGUCGGUGUACGACCCGGAGACGUUCGAGAAGAUCGUGAAGGCCUUCCGCGACAGCUAUCGACGGCUGGCCCCCCACCCCCGCCUGGCCGAGGCCUGGCCUCAGGCCCGAUGA